CGGCUUCAGGCCGCCGCUGCGCGCCGGGCCAGCCGCACCUGCCGCGGGCCGGGGAGAGGCGAGGCCGGACGAGCUGGGGUGCUAGGCCGGGCGCGGGGCGCGGGGCGGGGACGGGGACGCGAAGCGCGCAGGGAGGGCGGGGGGCGCGCGUCACACCGUCCACUUUCUACCCCGCCGCGGCCUCUGCCCUCGGCACCCCCUCCCCCGCCCUUUGUUCCACCGAAGCCCCCGAGGCAGACCCUUGCCUUGGGGACUCAGUUCCGGAGGGGGAUACCUCCCUCCUCGUCCCCCUCCGCCUCAGCGGCCUCGUCGGGGGGACCACCCCGCGGGCGCACCCCCAUCUCGGCUCUGCUGCUGGCAGGGGUGCGGGGAGGGAGACUCGGGGCGCCGCGCCGCGCGGGGCCCCCCUCGGGGUCGCUUUUGCUCAGGGGGGCCAGCGGAGCUCUUGGGGACCGGCUCCCCCGCUGGGAAGGUAGACGUCUCCUGUAAUCGGCCCGUCGUCGUCCAGCCCUCUCCUCCAGUCCGCCUGCCAGAACUCCAGAAAGGAGAAAUUUAGGGAAAAGUUGAAGUGCUCUGCUGUCCUGGCAUUUUUCCCCGCUGGCUGGCUGUCAAACGGCCAGUCUUGGUUCUCCAGAAUGAAGCCCUUUAUCCACAGCGGCGCCCCUACACUAGCGAGGACGAAGCCUGGAAGUCUUUCCUGGAGAACCCUCUCACCGCGGCAACCAAGGCGAUGAUGAGCAUCAACGGAGACGAAGACAGUGCGGCCGCCCUGGGCUUGCUCUAUGACUAUUACAAGGUUCCAAGAGAGAGGAGGUCAUCAACAGCAAAGCCAGACGUCGAGCCCCCAGAGCCAGACCACAGCAAAAGAAACAGCAUACCAAAUGUGACUGAGCAGUCCCUCAUUUCUGCUGGAGAAAACAGAGUGCAAGUACUGAAAAAUGUGCCAUUUAACAUUGUCCUUCCCCAUGGCAACCAACUGGGCAUUGAUAAGAGAGGCCAUCUAACAGCUCCUGAUACAACAGUCACCGUCUCCAUAGCAACAAUGCCUACCCACUCCAUCAAGACAGAAACCCAGCCCCAUGGCUUUGCUGUGGGAAUCUCUCCGACAGUAUAUCAUCCUGAGCCCACUGAGCGGGUGGUGGUUUUCGACCGGAACCUUAAUGCUGACCAGUUCAGCUCUGGUGCUCAACCCCCAAAUGCUCAAAGGAGAACUCCAGACUCUACCUUCUCAGAGACCUUCAAGGAAGGCGUUCAGGAGGUUUUCUUCCCCUCGGAUCUCAGCCUGCGGAUGCCUGGCAUGAAUUCAGAGGACUAUGUUUUUGACAGUGUUUCUGGGAACAACUUUGAAUAUACCCUGGAAGCCUCAAAAUCACUUCGACAGAAGCCAGGAGAUAGCACCAUGACCUACCUGAACAAAGGACAGUUCUACCCCGUCACCUUGAAGGAGAUGAGCAGCAGCGAGGGGAUCCACCGGCCCAUCAGCAAAGUCCGGAGUGUGAUCAUGGUGGUUUUUGCAGAAGACAAAAGCAGAGAAGAUCAGUUAAGGCACUGGAAAUACUGGCACUCACGGCAGCACACGGCCAAACAAAGGUGCAUUGACAUAGCUGACUAUAAAGAAAGCUUCAACACCAUCAGUAACAUUGAGGAGAUUGCGUACAAUGCCGUUUCCUUCACUUGGGACAUUAAUGAUGAAGCAAAGGUUUUCAUCUCUGUGAACUGCUUAAGCACAGAUUUCUCUUCUCAGAAAGGUGUGAAGGGGUUGCCUCUUAAUAUUCAAAUUGACACCUAUAGUUAUAACAACCGUAGCAACAAGCCGGUGCAUCGGGCAUACUGCCAGAUCAAAGUGUUCUGUGACAAGGGAGCUGAAAGGAAAAUCAGGGAUGAAGAACGAAAACAAAGCAAAAGAAAAGGCAAGUGUACUGACCCCAGCUCCCAGUUGAAUGCCUUUUCCGAUGUUAAAGUGCCACUGCUUCCCUCUCACAAACGGAUGGAUAUCACAGUUUUCAAGCCCUUCAUUGAUCUGGACACCCAGCCUGUCCUCUUCAUUCCCGACGUGCAUUUUGCCAACCUUCAGCGGGGCACUCACGUCCUUCCCAUUGCCCCAGAAGAACUGGAGGGUGAAGGCUCUAACUUGAAAAGGGCUCCGUAUGGAUCGGAGGAGGAUUUUUCGAUCGCCCCUGCUGCUAAGCUGACUCGGCUGGAAGAACCAAAGAGAGUGCUGCUCUACGUACGCAAGGAGUCAGAGGAAGUCUUUGAUGCCCUGAUGCUUAAGACUCCAUCUUUGAAAGGCUUAAUGGAGGCUAUCUCAGACAAAUAUGAUGUGCCCCACGAUAAGAUUGGGAAGAUAUUCAAGAAAUGUAAAAAAGGGAUUCUGGUGAACAUGGAUGACAACAUCGUGAAGCAUUACUCCAAUGAGGACACCUUCCAGCUGCAGAUCGAAGAAGCUGGGGGGUCGUACAGGCUCACCCUCACUGAGAUCUAAGGGCACGCUGGCCCACCUCUCCCAGCGAGUUCAAGGAAGGUUACGUGGGCCUCACUGGCCCGCCGCAGGUACCCCGCGGGUAAGGGUGGAGGUCAGCAGAAGGGACUCCUUGCGAGUAGGAGAUGGCACUACAUUUGGCUCGUAGAUCGCAUUCAGCAUACUGCCUUGGCAUUUCCAGACGACAGAAAUCCAUACGCCAUUAUGUUUGAAUUUUCGGAUAUCAGUAUUCUGAUAUCGGUACUUAGGAUUAAAAGUGAAAACUGUGUUCUAAGGUUUAAUAGACUCUCCGGGAACCUUUGGAAUAUCUUCUCCAUUAUUUAUAAAACUAUUGGGCUGUCUACCUUGUCUCUUCAAUGUUAGUGGGCCUGCUCACUAGUGCAAGCCAGAAAAGGCAAUGGGCUUGAGUUUAAGGAUUUUGUGUCCUUGCCUGCUCAGCGUAGCUCUGACUGCCUCAGGGUGGUGGCAGUGGCAUCCGAAGAGGCGAGGACACGCCCUUUCUCCCUCAGCCUCUUGUCCUCCAGAAAACGUUUACUUAAAUAGGGCAUGUUACUGAAUCUUCCUUUGCAACUUUCUUGAACGUGUAAACUGCCUUUCUUAACGAAGGAAUGGGUCAUCGUGUGAAUCAGUUAAGCUAACGCCGCGUUGUAUAUAAGUGCAAUACGUUUUUGAAGGCCUGUGUCUGUAAAUGUGUACAUACGUGUCUUAUACAAAUAGAUAAUAUAUAACCGUGGUGUCUGUACAUAGAGUGAAGAGAUGCAACAAGGUCUACCUUGAAGACUUUGCCUAAAUGAAAGGUUAAGUUAUUUUCGGUCGUGUAUACCAAGCAGAUCGAGUACUGUGCUUAGCGGAACUUACUGAAAUGUUCUGGCGUGUUUUCCCAGACAGCGAUCAUCCCAGAGCAUAGCAAAACCUUCGCAAACGGCAGGGAUUCUCUUUGCUCUUGAGAGGGUUGUUACUUGGAUCUCUGCACUGUUGUAGCUCAUGAAGCGUAGGGGAAACACUGCUGCAGCUCCGCUCUGUUGCGCAGGCUCAUAGCAAUCGUGCGUACCUGCGGGAGUGGACACGCAGUCCUUCCAAAACGCGUGGCAUUGUCGGGUACUAGGUGAUGCAACCAGACAUGGAGUCCUUCCUCGUCUUCCUCUUGCAAGAAGUGAUUUCUGUGUUACCGUGUUCCAGAGCCUUCAAGCUUUGAUCGUCUCGUACGCUAACAAUUCUAGGAAGCGUUCAUGAGUUUAUGAGACCAUGUGACUGUGGCAGGGGAGCAUUUUUUGUAAACAUGUUUAAAUAUAUCAAGUACUAAAAAGUAAUUUUAUAACAAAAUCACAGGGAUCUCGGUUCAGGGAGCUAGAAUAGGUCAUUUGUAUAAGUAGGAUUAUGGUUACAUUUUUACAUUAAAAUAUUCUAAUGAAGUAUGUGAACUAAAUUGCUGGUUUUCUAAGAUAAGAUAUCAUGGGACACGGGUCAUAACUAUUUUAUAUUUUGUUUUAUGAAAUAAAUUUUUGUCUUGCUUGUUGUUUUUAAUUGUAUCAUUGAAGAUGUAUUUUAAACCAAAGGGAUUAAAUUUUAUAUGUCUCUUU